UUUGCUGCUGGCGAAGGAAGAGGCGAGGGGGGUGGGGGGGAAGAAGAAGCUGGACGUCAACAGAAGAAGUUUAUGGAGUCACUUUGAGGAUCGAAACGGCACUCGCUCUGCAGCCCUCCUUUGUGUUUGUACCAGCUUAAAGGACCGAGAAGGAGGCGGAUUCCCCCAGAAGUAGAGAAGAAACAUAAUCGUCUUUUUGUUUUGUUGAUGCCAUCUGAGAAUGCUCUUUGCAGCUUCAAUCUUAGGUCUUUCUCCGCUGCUUUGGUGGUACCGCAUUCCACUGCAGGAACACUGAAGGCAACGAAGAAAAUAAUCCGUCACAGAGUAAGAGUGCGGCAUAAUUACUGAAGUAGUGGCCGCUGUGGAAAGAUGUUUUGAAGAUGACUUUCUUCUGAAAAAUAGUGUUGCUAACCUUGAAGGCACUUGAAAGUGCGUUUAUGUGUGGACAUCGCUUUCAUACUCAAAGGACUAGGAUUUGUACUUGGAUGCGGAUUUAGCUUUUCAUAAUGACCUCGCCAGGAGGCUUUGGCUGGUGCUGCUGGCUGUCGCUGCUCGCUUGUUGUUUCUUUAUCGCCUUGGCAGCCAAACCCAGAAUGCCCGGCCACACACACCUCAACUCAAUACGCAUCGAUGGGGACAUAUCUCUGGGUGGGCUUUUCCCUGUGCAUGCAAGAGGAAAUGACGGCAAAGCCUGCGGCGAGCUCAAGAAGGAGAAGGGGAUCCACAGGUUGGAGGCGAUGUUAUUCGCCCUGGACCGCAUCAAUAAUGACAAUGAACUGCUGCCCAACAUCACUUUAGGGGCACGCAUCCUGGACACAUGCUCCCGGGACACUCAUGCUCUGGAACAGUCGCUGACGUUCGUACAGGCUCUGAUUGAGAAGGACUCAACCGACGUCAAGUGUCUCAGCGGUGGGCCGCCCAUCAUCACAAAGCCGGAGAGAGUGGUCGGAGUGAUUGGCGCGUCUGCCAGCUCCGUGUCAAUCAUGGUGGCCAACAUACUACGUCUGUUCAAGAUCCCUCAAGUGAGCUAUGCCUCCACAGCCCCAGAGCUCAGUGACAACACACGUUAUGACUUCUUCUCUCGAGUGGUGCCUCCGGACACUUACCAGGCCCAGGCCAUGGUGGACAUCGUCAAAGCCAUGCGUUGGAACUAUGUGUCUACUGUAGCCUCUGAGGGAAACUACGGAGAAAGUGGCGUGGACGCAUUCAUUCAAAAGUCUCGGGAGGACGGUGGCCUGUGCAUCUCCCAGUCGGUGAAAAUUCCACGUGAACCAAAAGCUGGGGAAUUUGACAAGAUUAUACGAAGGCUGAGUGAGAACCCAAAUGCCCGAGUGGUCAUUAUAUUUGCCAAUGAGGACGACAUCAGGCGGCUGCUCGAAUCCGCAAAGAAGGCCAAUCAAACAGGACAUUUUAUCUGGGUGGGUUCUGACAGCUGGGGAUCAAAAAUCUCCCCGAUACUGAACCAGGAAGAGAUGGCUGAAGGAGCUGUAACCAUCCUGCCAAAACGGCAGUCCAUCAAAGGGUAUGAUCGCUACUUUAUCAGCCGAACACUGGAGAACAACAGGAGAAACAUUUGGUUUGCAGAGUUCUGGGAGAACAACUUCCAGUGCAAACUAAGCCGACACGCUGUGAAGAAAGGCUCUGGCAUCAAAAAGUGCACAAAUCAUGAGAGGAUUGGCAAAGAUUCCUCCUAUGAACAAGAAGGAAAGGUCCAGUUUGUGAUUGACGCGGUUUACGCCAUGGCUCACGCUCUGCACAACAUGCACAAAGACCUGUGCCCGGGGAAAGUUGGCCUCUGCCCCAAGAUGGACACCAUCAAUGGCACGCUGCUGCUCAAAUACAUUCGAAAUGUCAACUUCUCAGGAAUUGCCGGAACGCCGGUGGUCUUCAACGUGAAUGGAGAUGCUCCUGGUCGUUAUGAAAUCUACCAAUACCAGAUGAAAAAUAACACCACAGAGUACAAAAUCAUUGGCCACUGGACCGACCAGCUCCACUUGGAUAUGGAUGAGAUGCAGUGGCCAGGUGAAAGUCAAGAAGUGCCAUCUUCCAUAUGCAGCCAACCUUGCCGAGCUGGUCAGCGGAAGAAGACAGUCAAAGGAAUUCCGUGUUGUUGGCACUGUGAAAACUGCGACGGCUACCAGUACCAGGCGGACACGUACACCUGCAAGAUGUGUCGCUUUGACCUUCGGCCCAAUAAGAACCACACUGGCUGUGUUCCUAUUCCCAUUGUCAAACUGGAGUGGAGCUCCCCAUGGGCGGUCAUCCCCGUCCUCAUUGCCGUCCUGGGCAUCAUGGCAACGCUGUUUGUUGUUGUCACCUUUGUGCGCUACAAUGACACACCCAUAGUUAAGGCCUCAGGCCGAGAACUGAGCUAUGUGCUUCUGACUGGUAUCUUCUUGUGCUACGCCACAACAUUCCUUAUGAUCUCUGCCCCCGAUGUGUUUAUAUGCUCACUGCGCAGGAUCUUCCUCGGCUUGGGUAUGAGUAUCAGUUACGCAGCACUCCUCACAAAGACUAAUCGCAUCUACAGGAUUUUUGAACAGGGCAAGAUGUCGGUCAGCGCCCCUCGAUUCAUAUCCCCGGCCUCACAGUUAGUUAUCACAUUCAGUCUGAUUUCUGUUCAACUCCUGGGCGUGUGUAUCUGGUUUGGUGUUGACCCAUCACAAGCCAUCAUUGAUUACGAGGACCAGCGUACAGCUAAUCCUAAUAUGGCCCGCGGCGUCUUAAAGUGCGACAUAUCAGACCUGUCCCUCAUCUGUCUGUUGGGUUACAGCAUGCUCCUGAUGGUUACCUGCACUGUUUACGCCAUCAAGACCAGAGGGGUGCCAGAGACUUUUAAUGAGGCCAAACCUAUCGGCUUCACCAUGUACACCACUUGCAUCGUAUGGCUUGCCUUCAUCCCCAUCUUCUUUGGGACUUCGCAGUCGGCAGAAAAGAUGUACAUCCAGACAACAACCUUGACCAUCUCUGUCAGCCUGAGUGCGUCCGUCUCUUUGGGAAUGCUUUACAUGCCCAAAGUCUACGUGGUUCUCUUUCAUCCGGAGCAGAACGUACCGAAGCGCAAGCGCAGCCUGAAGGCUGUGGUGACGGCUGCCACCAUGUCCAACAAGUUCAACCCAAAAUGUGGUCUACGGCCCAACGGGGAGGCCAAGUCGGAACUUUGUGAAAGUCUGGAAACACAAGCGUUGGCCUCCAAGCAGACGUACAUAAGCUACAGCAACCAUGCCAUCUGAGAAGCAGUUGAGCGUGGGGCCGCCUGAGAAGAAAUCCCCUGAUUCUGGGCGAUAACGCUGAAGGAGAGAUUCCGGAUGAGCUACUGCGGCAGAGAGAAAAAUCAGGAUUGAAAGGAUGUCAUAUUUUUUUAAAUAAUAAAAUGCCGCAUUUAUCAGAAAUGAGUUGAAUGCAGGGGAUUAAAAAAAAAAAAAAAAGAAGACUGGAUUCAUUUUCCCUUACAUUCCGUCUGAGACUUUUAAAAGUUGGGCUGUGUUUGUUUUCAAAUGCAGGUUGGGUUCUCCCUAUCGAGUGAAUAGCCCACAUUUAAGUCCUCUCUUGACUAAUUUCGACAAAAAAAUAGGGUGGGGGAGUCUGAUUUGGCAGUUAGUCAAGUUGUUAACUGCAGUACUCUUCAAAUCUGUACAUGCCUUACAAGAGUUCAUUGAGUAUUGCAACAUGAAACAUCCACAGUUGGAUCUGACAACAACAAAGCUGUCGUCCAUUAUGGUUAGUUUUUUUAAUUUCCUUUUGGUGUUCCAUAUUUAUGUCAAUGACAACAUUUGGCAAACCUAGUGUACAGUCCUAAAGCAUGCUUGUGGGAGCAUCCCUUGUACUGUGUGUUGUGUUGUCCAUGGAAUGCAACAUUCGUCAUGGUCGCGGGUCAUAGUGGAGACCAUGAGCAAAUAUCUGAUAUAUAAACACAACAAGGAGACCAAAACUAGCUGUUAUGUUUAUAUAACCUGAGGAAUUGGAGUUUUACUUAAGCAUCCAGACUUUGAGCCUUAUUUAUUAUGCACAAAUCAACAUUUGUCGGAUCAAAGGCGGUCCAUGUCAAGGUGUAUUUUAAAUGUAGCAAGGUAAGUACAGUGGAACCUUGAUUUACGAACGCCUCGAUUUACAACCUUUUCAGUUAAAGAACCUUUACAACGUGCCAAAUAUGCCUCUGUGUGCGAAUCGUGUCUCAGCGUAGGAAUACUAGAUUCAUUCAUUGAUCUUGCGUGCCGCUGGAAGCCUUAGGGCACUGCCAUUUUGAUGACAUCACUUCCUGUACUCACGAGUGCAGUCAUUUUGAAGAGGUGAGGCCCCCUACAUCACAUCCUGUUUACACAGUCAUUAUCUAGUAGUCACUUCUUAGUGCUUAAGUGCAUGUUUCUUUUCUCGCCACUCAACAAGUUCUAUCUAUUUUGUUUAUUCAAUGUGGCUCCAAAAAGCCAAAAAACCAGCCUGGAAAGAAGGAGGGAUUUGCUGUGGACUUAAAAAUUACUGUUUGCGAGCAAUACGAAGGUCCUGGGUUCGAUCCCCGGGCUGGUGGUCUUUCUGUGUGGAGUUUGCAUGUUUUCCCCGUGACUGCGUGUGUUCAUGCCGGGUACUCCACACAUUGCUGAUUCGUAUCAGAAAUAUGGAAGAAACACGUUCCCAAUCUGAACCACUGUAAUUAAGGAUUUUUAUAUGGUUGCUGACUUUGCCAAAGGGGUAAAAUAUAUUCGCAAGGACGCAGAGAAAAUGCAAAAGCCGGUCGAAUAACAGUUGGUCAUGUUAAUAGAUGAAAAGCAGCUAGCAGGUGAUAGCAUUUGUGAGGCUAACAUUUGCGAGAAGUCUUGCCAUUUAUAUGGCGACUUGAUGUCCAAAAGGGAUCAUGCUGGAACCAUCACAGAAAAAUACCACCGCGGGUAGUUGGAAAAAUGUUAAACGAGGACAGGCCGACGAAAGAUCACCCCCAACUGCUAGUUUGUGCUAACAGUAGCAGUGACUGUAAGGUGAAGCCAGUGCUCAUUUACCACUCCAAAAAUGUGUUCAAAAAAUGCCGCAAAUAUUCACCAACGACGACAAGAGAUAAAAAAAAGAUUAUCGUUUUGGAGAAGACUAAAGGCAAAGGGACUUUCUUGCGUGUGCAUGGGUUGACAGUUAUGCUUGCUGCUGUUGUAGUCUUGUUUGGAUAAAAAAGAGAUUGUUGAGCCAUCACCCCCUUGUUAUGUUAGUUUGCUAUAUAUACAGUGUAUAUACACUUUAGUGUCUUCAAAGUGUUUGAUUUUUUUUUACCAAAAUAUGGACUUUAGUUGAGGCUCGAACCAACUAUUCAUGUUUACAUUGUUUCUUAUGUGGAUCUCUGCUUCAGCAUCCAAACUGUUCAGUCUACAAACCAUGUUCAAGAACCAAUUAAGUUUGUAAAUCGAGGCUCCACUGUAUUUAAAUUUGUUUUUUAGUAACAGUUGCAUUUGUUGUUGUCGUUGAAUAGUAUUAUAGAAUUCCCGACAUAACUGUUCAUUUUAGCUCAAAUCAUCAAACUUAAAGGGGAACUGCACUUUUUUGGAAUUUUGCCUAUCAUUCACAACCAUUGUAAUUAAGAAGGACUUUUAUAUGGUUGCUGAAUUUGCCAGAGGGGUAACAUAUCAGCACGGUGUAACAGGGGUUAGUGUAUGUGCCUCACAAUACGAAGGUCCUGGGUUCGAUCCCCGGGCUGGUGGUCUUUCUGUGUGGAGUUUGCAUGUUUUCCCCGUGACUGCGUGUGUUCACGCCGGGUACUCCAGCUUCCUCCCACCUCCAAAGACCUGGGGAUAGGUUAAUUGGCAACACUAGUGGUUAGAGUGUCCGCCCUGAGAUCGGUAGGUUGUGAGUUCAAACCCCGGCAGAGUCAUACCAAAGACUAUAAAAAUGGGACCCAUUACCUCCCUGCUUGGCACUCAGCAUCAAGGGUUGGAAUUGGGGGUUAAAUCACCAAAAAUGAUUCCCGGGCGCGGCCACCGCUGCUGCCCACUGCUCCCCUCACCUCCCAGGGGGUGAUCAAGGGUGAUGUGUCAAAUGCAGAGAAUAAUUUUGCCACACCUAGUGUGUGUGUGACAAUCAUUGGUACUUUAACUUUAAAUUUGCCCGAGUGUGUAAAUGUGAGUGUGAAUGUUGUCUGUCUAUCUGUGUUGGCCCUGUGAUGAGGUGGCGACUUGUCCAGGGUGUACCCUGCCUUCCGCCCGAAAGCAGCUCCAGCACCCCCCGCAACACCAAAAGGGACAAGCGGUAGAAAAUGGAUGGAUGGAUUGUUUACAAUCAUUAUAAAAGACAUGGUGACGGAUGUUGGUUUUUUUUAAUGCAUUUUAAAUAUUAAAUAAAUGCGAUCAAAAGUCAGCUUAUUACGCCUAUAAAGUGCUUAAAAAAUAAUAAAACACCUUUUAUUAAGGUUUUAGAUACAUGUAAAUAUAUAUGUUAGGAAGUAACGGGCACAUUUAUAAUAUUUUCAUAUUUUGCUGAUUUUAAGCAUACGCGGCGCAUUAAUUUAAAAAACGCAUCACGACGUUCGUUUUUUUUUAAACAUCACUUAUUUAUACUCACUGUAGACUUUAUGAGAGCCAACAAACAUAAUAAAACAUCAUUUACUGUACAAUACUUGCUGUCAUUAGGAUGCCGACUGAUAGGAUGUUCAUAUAUUCCCGUUUAGAUGAAGAAUCGAUCAUAAUUCUCCUGAAGAUAAGGGUGGUGGAACCCAACGUUUUGUCAUGUCGUUCUCGCUAUUACCGGGUCUAAAUUGGCUGUCAAAGUGUACAAACUUGUUGGAAUACAUCCUCGUUCUUUUAUUAUCCAGGUGAGAUGCAUGAUUUAUGAUCCACAAUAAGGUGUGACGAGCAUGGAAAGAAGGAAGCAGCUCAUCAGUUGAUCAUGUCAACAUUGGCACACAAGCUACAAAUAGUUUGUGCGCGUUAGCGCUUAUAAAAACAAUAUCACUAAUACUUAGUUAAUAUUCAAGUCAGGAAAUGUAAAUGGGAUAUUGUUGGCGCUUUUUAGGUGUUUUUUUAUUGGGGUUUAUGAGCGGAAUAGAGGACCUUCCAUUGGCUUCACUGUAAGCAGACUUACGAAUUUACGAAUAUUGCAUUAAAUAGAAAAAUACAUCAUAAUGAUUGUGAACGAUAGGCAAAAUUCUCAAAAAUGUGCAGUUCCGCUUUAAAACUGAGGCAUUUGUUCAACUAUAUAAAUAUUGGUCAUCGCAUUAAUUUUGUGCAUUUACCAUUUGAUGUCCAUGUACAAAUGUUGUACACUUUGCAUAAUGUCCGACUGUAUUUGGUUCAAACACGAGGAAGCGCUCGGUGUACAAAAUAUAAAUGUGUAAACCCCAUUCUUGUCUUUUGUCUCUUAAGUUCUCCCUCGGUAUUCCUCGUGAAAAAGAGCAACCUGGAAUUUGUCACAUUAAAUCAUAUCCUCAGCAAUGCAGAAUAUGUACUGUAUGUUGCAUGUCCAAAAAAUUAAGUCAUGUGAACAAUUUGAUAUUCAGGUGUGACGUCUAAGAGGAUAACUACUGUACUGCAGAGAAUUAUAAAUAACCAUUUUUGUUUGUUUAAUCAAUAAUUCUUGCAGAUCUCAGCUUGAACAAGGUUGAAAUAUGUUUUUUUGUCAACCAUUUGGACAAAGUAACAUUCGUGGGAAUUGUGUUUGUGUAAAUGGAAAUACUGAAAUGUUUUUUUGUCACAAGCUCAGUUGUUUUUCUAAAACACUGUCUAUUACAAAAAUAGAAUAUGUAAGUGCUGAUUGAAAUUAAGUGGCAAGUAAAUGUAUGUUAUCAAAACGGUUUGAUCAUUUUUGCUUUAUGUACAAAAUCAUUUAAAAAAACAAAUAAAAAUACAGUGCCUGGAUAUUUAUGAAGUAUAUAUAGAAAAGAUUACAGAUGUGUAGAGCAUGUUCAUUUUUA